AUGAGUCUCGCCGAUAAAGUUGUAAUAAUUACCGGAGCGGGUUCGGGAAUUGGAAAAGGAAUUGCUUUACAUUUUGCAAAACUAUCCGCAAAAUUGUCACUCGUCGAUAUCAAUCCCGACAAUCUUCGUACCGCUGCUAAAGAAUGUGAAGAUAUAAGUAAGUUAAAAGCUUUUACUGUGACUGCAGAUUUAGGUGAUCUCAAAAAUGCUAAAAACGUCGUAGACAGCACAAAGCAGGCAUAUGGUAGAAUAGAUGUUUUAGUUAAUUGUGCUGGGAUAAGCGGGCCAGGUGGAGUUACCAGUGACGUUCUAAUGAAUAGUAUGGAUAGAGUGAUUAAUAUCAACCUCAUAUCUCCCAUUGCAUUAACAAAUUACGCCUCAGAUGCAUUAAUUGAAAGCAAAGGAUGCGUUAUUAAUAUAUCAAGUAUUUUUGGAACAACUUGUAUUGAAAAUGGGAUACCGUAUGCCGUUGCCAAAGCUGGUAUGAUACAUUUCACAAAAUGUGCAGCUUUAGAGUUAGGUGAGAAGGGAGUCCGAGUUACUAGUAUAUCUCCUGGACCUGUUAGCACCAACAUAUUGGUGAAUUCCGGCAAGUCUCAAGAGACAAGUGAUAAAUUCUGGCAGUAUUUGGCUGCCCAAUGUCCAUUGAAGAAAUUAGUUACCGCAGAAGAGAUUGGUGAAGUGGCCGCAAUGAUAGCAAGUGACCUAGGCACCACUAUUACUGGAAUUGAUUAUAUCAUUGACUCCGGGAUGUCUUUGAAGAGAUUUACACUUUAA